AUGAUAAUUUCAAGAGAAUUGGUAGAGGAAACACAAAUUCGCAAAGAAGAGAACAAAAGAAGAGUUCAGCCAAAAUCUUCAACAGAAGACGAAUUGACCAUAACUGAUGUAACCGAAGAUGAUAAAACUCUUGCCACGAUUUCUGAGACUUCAGUGGCAAUAGUUCAACACCCUGAAGAAAUUAAAAAGGUGGUGGAAGAAGUAAAUAUACAAGAAGAUGUUACUGUUGAGCAAAAAUCUAAAUCUGGAGCUAAAAUAAAGAGAAAAGUGGUCAAAACAAAAUCAGAAGAAGAAAUUGAAGUUGUUGAAGAGGAGGUUGAAAAGACCAAAAAGAAGAAAGUUUUAAAAGCUAAGAAACCUACUCAGGAGGAGACUCCUGUAAUUGAAGAAAUCACAGAGAGCCUGGACUCAUUUCAAACUCAACCUGAAAAAGUUAUUCCCUUAAAGACCUCAUCCCAAGUAAGUGAAGCUACUCCUGAGGCUACUUGCAGUCUUAUUGGGGAAGUCCCUAGAGCAGGAGUGAAAGGAAAUGUAAGUGUUACAACAUUUACUGCUAUUGAAAAUCAUGAAGUGCAAGAAAAUGAGAAAGAGGACUACAGACCGGAGGAACUUAUUCCAGUAUCAGUUAAAGCUAAGCCAGAAUUAAGUACUGUUGAGCCAUAUAAUGUUGAGCAACCUCAAGUUGAAUCGAUUGCAGAGGAGUUUAGUAAAUCGUUUAAGUCUAAAACUAGCAAAGCCACCAGAAAUAUUCUACCACAGGAAAGUUUGAUUGUUAGCGAAACUCGAGUAGAUCAAACGGUUUCAAAAUCUGAACAAAUUAAAAAGGAAGAGGGUAAAGCAACUGUCUCUAUGUUAUUGCACGAGGCUAAAGUUGUGAGUGAGACAGAAACAUCUUUGAAAGAAGGUGAAUACGAAACUCUAAGAAAGCCUCUGCAAGUGUCUGCUAGUUCAGGGCUUACUCUGCAGGAAUCUAUCAAUGUAACAGAGGUGACAGAGUCAAUAAGAGAAGAAAAACUUGAAGAUUUUACAGUUCAGAAUUUGAUCAAACCAAAGAUUGGCAUAAAUGAAGUAGAGCCUGUAAUAGUUAGUGAAGUACUGUCAGAAACAAAACCGAGUAAAUAUUUUCCGGAAAUGUUUGUACCAACUGAAACAGCAACAUCAUCUAUUGUAACUCAAAAAACAACAACAUUUACUGAGGAAAUGGUUUUGCCUGAAAAAGAAGGUGAGUACAAACCUGGAAAACUGCCUCAAGGUCAGUUCGCAGGGCUCCAGAUAUUACCAGAAGAUUCUAUUGUUGUUUCAGAGACAGCAGCUCAUGAAAAAGAAAUUCCUUUUGGCCCUGGCCAAAGACCUGGGGAAACUGUAGCUACCCAGGGUGUAGACCUGAUGGAAGGGAUUGUAGUAAGUAUGGUGCAGCAUCAAGAUACAGAAAGUGUUCUUAAUGUACCAAAACCUGAAAUGAAACACAUUGAUGUCCAGUUCACUAAAAAAGAAAGUUUUAUCACAGUAGAAACACAUACAGCUGAAUCAGAAAAAACAUUUAGAGCAAAUGAAAUUCCAGGAGCUCAAACUGCUACUAGCUCAGUUACAUGUUUAGAAGUCUCCGGUGUCUCUGAAACCAUAAGCAGCGAGUUGACCGAUGAUUAUAUGCCUGGUAAAACUCCCUAUGGUGCCAAAGCAGAUUUAAGUUUUCAAGAGAUAGAACCUUUAUCCAUAACUGAAAUAAAGUCAGAAGAUGCCCCUGGGGAAUUGUCAGAUAUUUUAAAAUAUCGAACUGAUGCUGCCUCUCCCAAAUUUCAAACUUUAGAGUCAAAAGAAAUAACAGAAGUUCAAGCUCAAGACAGCGAAACUCCGUUGUCUGAUUUUACUACUCCUACCCCAGUAGAAGUAAGUAAAACGUAUGAGUCAAAAGAAGGAAUAUCAGUGUACCAGACUGACUUGGUUGAGAAAGAGGGUGACUAUGUGCCAGAUGUAGCUCCUGAACUUCAUAAGGGAAAAGCAGUGCCCACCCAUCCAUUACAAUCAGUAAUAGUUGAGGAAAUAACACCAGAUGGAGAUGUUGGGAGCUUGUCAAAGAAACAUCCCCAAACAGUUCAUGCCAAUUAUGAACACACUAUGUUCCAAGAAACAAUUGUUGAAGAGACGGUGAUUGGAGAGGGGUUGGCUAAGCAAAAGGAAGUUGUCAAGCCAGAAAGCAAGCGAGCUGAUGUCAAUAUUUUGGAGGAACAGAGUGUUACAGUUACAGAAGUAAUUACGGAUUACAAAGAAAAUCAGUAUACUAAACCUGAGUUACCAAAAGAGUGUUUUGCAUCACAAUCACACUUACCACAAACAGUAGCGGUUAAAUCUGAAGUCCUGACAGAGCAGACAACUUCUUCAUUUGAACAAAAAACACCAAAAACUAGUGUAGCAAAAUCAGACCAAACAUCAUUAGAAAGUAUAGUUGUUAGUGCUGUUGAACUUGCAGAAAGUGAACAGGAAUUUAAAAAGGACAGAUCUCCAAUUAAAUCCAAAGCUAUUGUAGAACUAGCAGACGAAUUAACAGGUUUGACAGUUCAAGAAAUUGUCAGUAGUGAAAAAGAACUUGAACACAUUCCAAUAGAAAGUCCAUUAGGUUUUAAGGCAUCCAAAAGUAUAACACCUCACCAAACCGUCAUUCAGUCUCAAACCUUACCUGAAAUCAACUUAGGCAACAUUCCAAAAGUAGAACAUCCAACAGGACAAGCCAAAGUGGAUAACACACCAUUCCAAGAAGUAGUCAUCACUGAAACAAACAUAACAGAGAUUGAAACAUCUUUAGACACAAUUAAACCAGAUCUUAAGACCGCCACUGUAGGUAUUAGGCCAGGAGAAACUUUCUUAGUUUCAGAAGUUGUUGCAGAAGACAAAGAAGGCGUAUUUAGGAGUGAUCAGCUUCCUGAAAGCAGAAAAGCUACAUUGAAUCUAACUGGACAAGAAGUUGCUGAACGUGAAGAAAUAGUUGAACUUUUCCAAGAGGGUACAUUAACAAGAGAGUCUCCAAUCAAAGAAACUGCUCAGAUGAAACAAGACACCAUUCAACUGGCUGUGUCUUCAGAACAGGUGCCAACUGAGCUUGAGGGUCAGUUUGACUCUCCUGUAAAGCCUAGUGAAAAAGUUGCAGCUCUCUCAUUUGUUGAAGGUAAUGUUUUAAGUGUGACUGAAUUGAAUGUUGUAGAUAAAGAAUCUCCCUUUGAAACUGCAAAAGCUCCUAUGACAGCUCUUGCAAAACCUGAUAUUUCUGGUCAGGAUGUAGCAGUAACAUCAGAAGUUGUUGUAGAUAUGAGUGUAGGAGAUGUAGAUUUAUUAAAACCUGGCUUUUCAGAAGCCAAAAUAAAACAAAGCACACAUGAAAGUGUAAUUUUGAAUGAAAAUACAGUUAUUGAAAAAGAGGGUGAGUAUACUGCUGAAUUUCUACCUGAGACUAAAACUGCUAAACCUAAUAUUGUAGAAGGACACACAACAUCUAUUAGUAGUGAAGUAACCAUUCAAGACAAAGAAAGCAUACUUGAAACACUAGACAGACCAAAAGAGAGAUUAGCCAUCCCAAAUAUUACAAGUCAUGAAAUUGCAGAAAAAACAGAAAUAGUAUUAGACAGCAGUUUACACCCAUUCCAACAUAUAACUCCUACAACUGCCCAAGCCAAUGCAGAACAACUUCCACAUCACAGCAUUAUUCAGUCAGAACCAUGUACAAAUGAGCUAGAAGCUCCUUUUCAGUUGCCAUACAAACCAGAAUCCAAAAAAGCUGAUUUUGUUAUUGAAGGUACACAGGCUAUUACAGUUCUUGAAGUUUCAACCCAAGACGACACCAGUCAAUUUAUACCAGACAGUAAACCAGAAGAUCACUUUGCCAAACCAGACAUAAUACCACAACAGGUUGCACAAAGUACCAUCAUUACAUCAGAAAAUAUUACAGGUGAAGUAAAGCCAGACACACCUCACAAAGUUUCUCCAAAUGUCGAAUCAAUACCAUAUGAAUCUAUAUCAACAAGUUUUGUAACUACUUCCGAAAAGGAAUCUAUUUUUGAUUCAAAAAUUCCAAUGGAUUUGAAACAAGCACAAAAAUCUUUUGAAGAGCAAAAAUCAGUAUUGGUUUCUGAAAUUAAUGUUGAUGAUAAAGAAGGGAACUUAAUUUCUUUCAUUAAACCUAACCAAGUAACCGCGUUCCAAGAAAUAUCAACACAAGAAGUGGCCCAAACAACUGAAAUAUUAUCAUCAUUUGGUGUUACAGACAUCCCACAGUUUGUAACCCCUACAGCUAAUGCAAAGCCAGAACAGUUACCUUUUGAGAGUAUUAUUCAAAUAGAAGCAUCUCCUCAAGAAAGUGAGGGUGUUUUUAAAACUAAAGAAAUGCCACCUUCAAGUGUUGUUGAUAUAGGAGUUGUUGAAGAAAAGGGAGUCAUUAUAACAGAAAUAACAACUGAAGAUAAAGAAGAUAUUUAUGCUUCACCAAUUCGCCCAGAAACCAGUACAGCUCAAGCUAACAUUGUCCCAGUUGAAACCUGUCAAAAAGGAAUUGUUAUAACCGAAGAUUCUUUGGGUGAGAUGGUUGCAUCUGUUCCAGAAAAAUCGUUUGCAAAAUCAAUUCAAACCCCUUUUCACAGUGUUUCACUUCAACAAACUACCAUUGCAGAGUCUGAAACACCACUUGAAAAAUUUAUUAAACCGUAUGAAAAAACAGCUGAAACUAAUUUUGAAUCAGCAAAAUCUGGAAUUACUGUUAAUGAAGUUUAUAUCCGAGAAAAAGAGGGAGAACUUACUGGUCCAGUGAAACCCGUCACAAGUGUUGCUGGUGCUAGUGUGACAGCCCGAGAAAUAGCCAGUAAAUCUGAGAUUGUUGCAGAGUUAACAACAGAAGACUUUCAAAAAGAAAGCCCAAACAAAGAAAAUGCAACAGUAGAUCAAAUUCCGUUGUAUAGUAUUAUUCAGUCAGAAGUUUCUGUUGCUGAGAAGGAGGGGGAUUACAAUGAUUUAUUAAAACCAGACUCUAAAUCUGCGGGGGUAACAUUUCAAGUCGGUGAAACUGUCUCCGUAGUUGAAGUUGUAUCAGGGGAUUUGGAAAACACUUUUACUGCCGAUGAUGUUCCAGGAACCAAAAGUGCGAAUAUUACAAUAAGUGGGCAUGCAAUAGCUGUUAAAAGUGAGGUCCAAACUGAAAUUUCAGUAAGAGAAGAUGAUCAAAUCUUUCAACCAGACGUUAAAAUAGCGCAGGAAGUUGUGGAAGAGAGACAAAGUGUUAAUGUAUUAUUGACUACAUCUGAAGAUAAAGAAUCUUACUUCUGUCAAAAUGAAAACCCAAAAGAAAGAAGAGCAUCGCCAUCGAUUUCUGAGUUGGAAGUUGCUGAGCAGACUGAGCAUACUCUUCAUCACAGUGUUGGUACCCUUGACCAAAUUAAGCCAUCAGCCACUACAGUAACUCCUAAACAUACUACUCUUGAAAGUUUAGUGCAAACUGAAACUGAAGUAAGGGAAACUGAAGGAACUUUUGAAAGCCCAAUAAAGGUGGAACAAAGGAGAGCUAGCAUAAAUUAUGAAGUUGGACACAGUGUAACCAUUUCAGAGGUGUUUCCAGGUGAAACUGAAUCAAAGCUUUCAAAUAUUUUGGAAACAAAAAAUAAUAGGGCUCAAUUAGUACUUGACGGUACCCAAGAAGCUGUUGGGCAAUUGGAAAUCACUCUUGAAGACUCUAUAGCACCACUCGAUGAAAAAAAAGCAAUCACACAGAAAGCUGUAACUGAACAAUCAACAUUAGAGAGUAUUACUGUAACUGAAAGAUUACCUCAAGAGAAUGAAAUUGAGUUGGUCGAGAAAUUAAUAACUGACACCAAACAUGCUAAUGUAUCAAUAGAAAAGGGUAAGAAAGUUCAAGAAAUAAUUGAAAUUGUUCCAGAGUACCGGGAAGGAAGAUUAGCACCCUUAGAGAAAACAGAAGUAAGAAAAGCUACUCCUGAUUUGAUAACUCGAGAAGUUGCAGAAGUUUCUGAAACUUUGACACAAAUAAGUGUAGGAGAAAUGGUGAGAACAAAAACAAAAACAAUGACUGCUGUUAGGACACAAUCUGCUUUAGAGACUUCUGUGCAUGAAGAGGUAAUAUGUCAAGAAAGUGAAGAGUAUUUCACUCAAACUAGUGCUAAAAGUAGAAAAGCAAGCUUGGCUUUCGAGGAGGGCAAGGGUGUAGUUAUUACAGAAGUCAUUGCUGAUGAUACUGAGGAACCAUAUUCAAAAACAAUGCCAGAAACUCAAAAUGCACUUCCAGAAAUAUCCCUCAAAGAGGCUACCCAAAUAAUGGAAAUUUCAUCUGAAAUUCAACCUUCUAACAUCGUAAUAGAGUUUCCUGAUGAAGUAAAAGCUAAUGUGAACCAGAAGCCUUUAUGUGGUAUUCUACAGAGUGAAGUUGAUGUCAGAGAAUCUGGAACUGAAUUUGAAAGUAUGUCAGUUGAGAAGAAGAUAGCAAAUCGUUCAUUUGAGGAAGGAAGAGGUAUAAAUAUAACAAUGGUUACUGCUGAAGAUAAAGAACAACCUUUAAAACCUGUUGAAAAACCCACACCGAAUCAAGCAGAGCCUAAAGUAACAAGUCAAGAAUCAAUUCAAGCAAGUGAGGUAUUGCCUGAACAAACGGUUUGUGAAUUAAAGAGUGCGACUCCACAAAAAGUAAAAGCUAAAAAGAAGCAUGAUGUGAAAGAAAGUUUAGUAGUUACUCAAAAUGUUCCUCAAGAAAAAGAGAAAUUACUUACAGAACAACCAAUAAUUCCAUCCGCUGUGGCUAAAACAGAAACUACAGAAAUGCAAAAGGUUGCUGAAAAAUCUGAAAUAAUUCCAGGGUUUCAUCCCCAGACCUUAGAGACAAUAACCCCAGAUAAAGCAUAUGCUAGUUCUGAAGCUAUUGUGAUGGAGGGAAUCGUUCAAUCUGAAGUUAGAGUAAAUGAGAUCGAAGAAACAUUGGCAGAACAGAAUGUACCAACAAAACGGAAAGCUAGUGUUGUAAAAGAUAUUCAAGAAAGUAUAGAGAUUUCACAAACAGUUGUCGCACUCAAAGAAGGGAUUCAUGAAACAAAGCCGUCCCCAAAAGCAAUCAAACCUUUGGCUAAACUGGAUGAACAAGAAACACUCAUCCAAUCAGAAGUUUUAGUUUCCUCUUCCACUGAAGAGUUGAAAAAUGAUAAAAAACCAGAAACUAUGAAAGUCCAUCCAGAAAAUAUCCCGUUUGAAACUGUAGAGACUUCAAUGACUACCGUAAUAGAAAAAGAAACCAAUUUGGAAUCUUUGUGGAACCCUUUGACAUCUAAAGGUACUAAAACCAUCCAAGAAACCGAAGGAGUGAGUAUUACUGAGGUAAUUCCUAACGAGAGAGAAGAGGAAGUAAAAGCAAGCAAAGUUCCUCAAGCAGUAGCAGAAACAAAUUUUGUAGACCAAGAAGUGGCUAUAAAAAGUGAAGUAGUCCCUGAGUUCCCAGUGACUCCUUUGGAAGUGGUUGCUCCAGCUACAACAGUCGCACAAAAAUCCACACCCACACCAGUACACCACCUGAUUACCACUGAAUAUGAUACUGCAGAGCUAGAAGACAAACUACCAGAGUCCGUGGCACCUGAUGCUAAGCACACAGUAACAACAGUAGAAGCACACAAACCAACUCUGACUGUCACACAAGUCCAUCCACAAGAGGCCCCAGGACAUCCACUUGAAGAGUCACAUACACCCAAACACAGAGCCACAGAAGUUACAACUGAAGCAACACAAUACAACAGUGUUACAGAGUCAAAGGUAGACAUACUAACACAAAAUACAACAAUGGAAAAAACAGGUAAGACAACACCUAUCACAACAAAAAGUGAAAACGCUACAGAAACAGAUGAAAAUAUUACUCUUGAAAAUGAAAAUACAGUUAAGGUAAUGCAGGGAGCAACAUGGAAACAAAAAACACCUAAAGAAAGCAAACUCUUUGAUGAAGUUGAAGACCUGCCAGAUCAUACAACUGUGGAAACAAAAACUGUUAUUUCUAAGGAUGGAGAUAAGAAACGUGUGACAAAAAAGAGAACUGUGAGAAAGGUUAAAGAUGGAAAAGAAGAGGUUGAGGUGUUUGAAGAUACACCAAAAGAAGGCAUACUAUUUGACGAAGAAUGUCAACCGCUUCCAGAAAUUUCUGCAGUUGUCCCUGAAAAGGUCGAGGAUAUGCCAGAUGAAGUGACUAUUACCGAAGUUGAAGUCAUGGCUCCAGAGGAUAACAAAGUUAAAAAGACCAAAAAACGCACAAUAGAAAAGAAGAAGGACGGUAAAAAAGAAGUUUCAACAGAGCAGUCAGUAGAAGUAGUUACAAAGCAGAUCAAAAAGAAAAUAAAGGAGUCAAAAACACCUACAGAAGUUAUAGUAUUUGAGGAAGCGUCUGAUUUAGCCCCAGUUGAACAAGCAGUUCCAAUUAUUACUGAAGUUGAAGACCUUGCAGAUCAUACAACUGUGGAAACAAAAACUGUUAUCUCUAAGGAUGGAGAUAAGAAACGUGUGACAAAAAAGAGAACUGUGAGAAAGGUUAAAGAUGGAAAAGAAGAGGUUCAGGUGUUUGAAGAUACACCAAAAGAAGGCAUACUAUUUGACGAAGAAUGUCAACCGCUUCCAGAAAUUUCUGCAGUUGUCCCUGAAAAGGUCGAGGAUAUGCCAGAUGAAGUGACUAUUACCGAAGUUGAAGUCAUGGCUCCAGAGGAUAACAAAGUUAAAAAGACCAAAAAACGCACAAUAGAAAAGAAGAAGGACGGUAAAAAAGAAGUUUCAACAGAGCAGUCAGUAGAAGUAGUCACAAAGCAGAUCAAAAAGAAAGUAAAUGAGUCAAAAACACCUACAGAAGGCAUAGUAUUUGAGGAAGCGUCUGAUUUAGCCCCAGUUGAACAAGCAGUUCCAAUUAUUACUGAAGUUGAAGACCUGGCAGAUCAUACAACUGUGGAAACAAAAACUGUUAUUUCUAAGGAAGGAGAUAAGAAACGUGUGACAAGAAAGAGAACUGUAAGAAAGGUUAAAGAUGGAAAAGAAGAGGUUCAGGUGUUUGAAGAUACACCAAAAGAAGGCAUACUAUUUGACGAAGAAUGUCAACCGCUUCCAGAAAUUUCUGCAGUUGUCCCUGAAAAGGUCGAGGAUAUGCCAGAUGAAGUGACUAUUACCGAAGUUGAAGUCAUGGCUCCAGAGGAUAACAAAGUUAAAAAGACCAAAAAACGCACAAUAGAAAAGAAGAAGGACGGUAAAAAAGAAGUUUCAACAGAGCAGUCAGUAGAAGUAGUUACAAAGCAGAUCAAAAAGAAAGUAAAGGAGUCAAAAACACCUACGGAAGGCAUAGUAUUUGAGGAAGUGUCUGAUUUAGCCCCAGUUGAAGAAGCAGUUCCAAUUAUUACUGAAGUUGAAGACCUAGCAGAUCAUACAACUGUGGAAACAAAAACUGUUAUUUCUAAGGAUGGAGAUAAGAAACGUGUGACAAAAAAGAGAACCGUGAGAAAGGUUAAAGAUGGAAAAGAAGAGAUUCAGGUGUUUGAAGAUACGCCAAAAGAAGGCAUACUAUUUGACGAAGAAUGCCAACCGCUUCCAGAAAUUUCUGCAGUUGUCCCUGAAAAGGUCGAGGAUAUGCCAGAUGAAGUGACUAUUACUGAAGUUGAAGUCAUGGCUCCAAAGGAUAACAAAGUUAAAAAGACCAAAAAACGCACAAUAGAAAAGAAGAAGGACGGCAAAAAAGAAGUUUCAACAGAGCUGUCAGUAGAAGAAGCCAUUAAGGAAGAUGAAGAAAUUUUUACUCCUUCUGAUAAAGGGUCGCUUUUAGCAGAAAUACUUAAGAAGGUUCCUUUGCAAAUCCCAAAAGAACCCAAAGAUGUCAAAAAGAAGCAAAAAAAGAAACCAGUUAACGUUGAUGAAAAAUUAUAUAAACCACAAAUUGAUUCUAAUGACAGUGGCAGUGACAUGCCUGAAUUAGCACCAUGUAGUUCCGAAACUCCAGGAGACAUUGACCAAUCCUCUCCAGUAGUUAAAAGCUCUCAAGAAAUAAAGCCUGGUAUGAAUGAGAAGAAGAAAAAGACUACAGAAAAACCUAUUAAUGAUUCUGAUUUGCCUAUUGGAGAUUUAUCUAGGGUUCCAGAAAAGGUUAUGCUGAAGAUAGAGAAAAUGGAAAUCAAGGAAAUCAAACCUCAAAAAUUAAAGAUGGAUGAUAGCAAAGAGAAUACUCCUUUGUUUGCUACAAUCAAAUUGAAGAAACCAGUGGUUAAAGAAAAGAAAGAUGUACAAUCUUCCUCAACAUUACCAAAGGUCUUAUUAAAGAGCAGAAUCUCUCGAAUCCCUUACCCACCAGAAAUGCACAAUGUACAUAUAUCUGAAAUAAAUGCUGUUAGUGACAAUGGAAUAUUGUCUAGAAACUAUGAAGAAGCUGCAAAAAUUAAAAAGAGAAAGGUUAAAAAAGUAACACUACCAGAGUUGGAAAAACCAGAACUUGAAGAAUAUGUACCCUUUACUGAUGAUAAAGAAGACACUUCACCAGACCAGCCAUUAGUCUCUAAACCAACUAAAGAGAAACCUGAUAAAAUUGAAGAUAAACCAGAUGUAUUUCCAUUGAAAAUGGGAAAAGGAAAAGUGCCUAAAGAAGAUGAAAAGGUUGAAAAAGUUAAACUGAAAAAAGUACCUGCAAAAGACGUGGAAGAUGACAAGGAGUCCCCUAUUAAGCCUAAGAAAGAGAAAGACGAGGAAGAAGAACCAAAACCUGGUGAUAAAAAGGUUGUUAGUGAUAAACCUCAAUUGUUGCCAUUUGAAUCGGAUGUUCCAGAAGAAGUUGAUAUCAAUAAGUCUUCUCCAUUAGAUAAACAACCCGAAAAAACAACUCCUGAAUCUAAAACUAAAAAGAAAAAGAAAACUACUGAGAAACCUUCAGAACUGCCAGAAGAAAAGAAACUGGUUCUAGGAAAGCCAAAAGAUAAACUUCCAAAAGAGGAGGAUGACAUAGCUCUGACAUAUAAACAAAAAGAGUUGCCUCAACCUGAAGAUACAGAAGUUAGACUUAAACCAUUUGAAAAAGAUAUCUUACCAGGCCUCGAAACUGAGAAGGAAAUUUGUGGACCAAAAAUGUCACACCCUAAAGAUGAAAAUAAAGAAGACGAAGUUCAAGAGGAUGAUUCAUUGGAUAAGAUUAAAAAGAAAAUCAAAAAGAAAAAGCCUAUUGAUAAAGAUACUGACAAAGUGGAAUCUAAGGUACCAGAAAAGGUUAAGCUGAAGAAAGAAAAAAUUGAAAUGAAGGAAAUUAAACCUCAAAAAAUAAUGAUAGAUGAGAGAAAAGAGAACACUCCUUUGUUUGCCACAAUCAAAUUGAAGAAACCAUCGGUUAAAGAAAAGAAAGAUGUACAAUCAUCCUCAACAUUACCAAAAGUCUUACUAAAGAGCAGAAUCACUCGAGUCCCUUACCCCCCAGAAAUCCACAAUGUACAUGUGUCUGAAAUAAAUGCUGUUAGCGACAAUGGAAUAUUGUCUAGAAACUAUGAAGAAGCUGCAAAAAUUAAAAAGAGAAAGGUUAAAAAAGUAACGCUACCAGAGUUGGAAAAACCAGAACUUGAAGAAUAUGUACCCUUUACUGAUGAUAAAGAAGACACUUCACCAGACCAGCCAUUAGUCUCUAAACCAACUAAAGAGAAACCUGAUAAAAUUGAAGAUAAACCAGAUGUUGUUCCAUUGAAAAUGGGAAAAGGAAAAGUGCCUAAAGAAGAUGAAAAAGUUGAAAAAGUUAAACUGAAAAAAGUACCUGCAAAAGACGUGGAAGAUGACAAGGAGUCGCCUAUUAAGCCUAAGAAAGAGAAAGACGAGGAAGAAGAACCAAAACCUGGUGAUAAAAAGGUUGUUAGUGAUAAACCUCAAUUGUUGCCAUUUGAAUCGGAUGUUCCAGAAGAAGUUGAUAUCAAUAAGUCUUCUCCAUUAGAUAAACAACCCGAAAAAACAACUCCUGAAUCUAAAACUAAAAAGAAAAAGAAAACUACUGAGAAACCUUCAGAACUGCCAGAAGAAAAGACACUGGUUCUAGGAAAGCCAAAAGAUAAACUUCCAAAAGAGGAGGAUGACAUAGCUCUGACAUAUAAACAAAAAGAGUUGCCUCAACCUGAAGAUACAGAAGUUAGACUUAAACCAUUUGAAAAAGAUAUCUUACCAGGCCUCGAAACUGAGAAGGAAAUUUGUGGACCAAAAAUGUCACACCCUAAAGAUGAAAAUAAAGAAGACGAAGUUCAAGAGGAUGAUUCAUUGGAUAAGAUUAAAAAGAAAAUCAAAAAGAAAAAGCCUAUUGAUAAAGAUACUGACAAAGUGGAAUCUAAGGUACCAGAAAAGGUUAAGCUGAAGAAAGAAAAAAUUGAAAUGAAGGAAAUUAAACCUCAAAAAAUAAUGAUAGAUGAGAGAAAAGAGAACACUCCUUUGUUUGCCACAAUCAAAUUGAAGAAACCAUCGGUUAAAGAAAAGAAAGAUGUACAAUCAUCCUCAACAUUACCAAAAGUCUUACUAAAGAGCAGAAUCACUCGAGUCCCUUACCCCCCAGAAAUCCACAAUGUACAUGUGUCUGAAAUAAAUGCUGUUAGCGACAAUGGAAUAUUGUCUAGAAACUAUGAAGAAGCUGCAAAAAUUAAAAAGAGAAAGGUUAAAAAAGUAACGCUACCAGAGUUGGAAAAACCAGAACUUGAAGAAUAUGUACCCUUUACUGAUGAUAAAGAAGACACUUCACCAGACCAGCCAUUAGUCUCUAAACCAACUAAAGAGAAACCUGAUAAAAUUGAAGAUAAACCAGAUGUUGUUCCAUUGAAAAUGGGAAAAGGAAAAGUGCCUAAAGAAGAUGAAAAAGUUGAAAAAGUUAAACUGAAAAAAGUACCUGCAAAAGACGUGGAAGAUGACAAGGAGUCGCCUAUUAAGCCUAAGAAAGAGAAAGACGAGGAAGAAGAACCAAAACCUGGUGAUAAAAAGGUUGUUAGUGAUAAACCUCAAUUGUUGCCAUUUGAAUCGGAUGUUCCAGAAGAAGUUGAUAUCAAUAAGUCUUCUCCAUUAGAUAAACAACCCGAAAAAACAACUCCUGAAUCUAAAACUAAAAAGAAAAAGAAAACUACUGAGAAACCUUCAGAACUGCCAGAAGAAAAGAAACUGGUUCUAGGAAAGCCAAAAGAUAAACUUCCAAAAGAGGAGGAUGACAUAGCUCUGACAUAUAAACAAAAAGAGUUGCCUCAACCUGAAGAUACAGAAGUUAGACUUAAACCAUUUGAAAAAGAUAUCUUACCAGGCCUUGAAACUGAGAUGGAAAUUUGUGGACCAAAAAUGUUACACCCUAAAGAUGAAAAAAAAGAGGAUAAAGUUCAAGAGGAUGAUUCAUUGGAUAAGAUUAAAAAGAAAAUCAAAAAGAAAAAGCCUAUUGAUAAAGAUACUGACAUAGUGGAAUCUAAGAUACCAGAAAAGGUUAAGCUGAAAAAAGAAAAAAUUGAAAUGAAGGAAAUUAAACCUCAAAAGUUAAAGAUAGACGAGAGAAAAGAGAACACUCCUUUGUUUGCUACAAUCAAAUUGAAGAAACCAUCAGUUAAAGAAAAGAAAGAUGUACAAUCUUCAUCAACAUUACCAAAAGUCUUACUAAAGAGCAGAAUCACUCGAAUCCCUUACCCCCCAGAAAUCCACAAUGUACAUGUGUCUGAAAUAAAUGCUGUUAGCGACAAUGGAAUAUUGUCUAGAAACUAUGAAGAAGCUGCAAAAAUUAAAAAGAGAAAAAUUAAAAAAGUAACACUACCAGAGUUGGAAAAACCAGAACUUGAAGAAUAUGUACCCUUUAUUGAUGAUAAAGAAGACAUUUCACCGGACCAGCCAUUAGUCUCUAAACCAACUAAAGAGAAACCUGAUAAAAUUGAAGAUAAACCAGAUGUUGUUCCAUUGAAAAUGGGAAAAGGAAAAGUGCCUGAGAAAGAUGAAAAAGUUGAAAAAGUUAAACUGAAAAAAGUACCUGUAAAAGAUGUGGAAGAUGACAAGGAGUCGCCUAUUAAGCCUAGGAAAGAGAAAGACGAGGAAGAAGAACUAAAACCUGGUGAUAAAAAGGUUGUUAGUGAUAAACCUCAAUUGUUACCAUUUGAAUCGGAUGUUCCAGAAGAAGUUGAUAUCAAUAAGUCUUCUCCAUUAGAUAAAAAACCCGAAAAAACAACUCCUGAAUCUAAAACUAAAACUAAAAAGAAAACUACUGAUAAACCUUCAGAACUGCCAGAAGAAAAGAAACUGGUUCUAGGAAAGCCAAAAGAUAAACUUCCAAAAGAAGAAGAUGAUAUAGCCCUAACUUAUAAACAAAAAGAGUUGCCUCAACCUGAAGAUACAGAAGUUAGACUUAAACCAUUUGAAAAAGAUAUCUUACCAGGCCUCGAAACUGAGAAGGAAAUUUGUGGACCAAAAAUGUCACACCCUAAAGAUGAAAAUAAAGAAGACGAAGUUCAAGAGGAUGAUUCAUUGGAUAAGAUUAAAAAGAAAAUCAAAAAGAAAAAGCCUAUUGAUGACAAAUCUGAUGAACCUAAACCAUUAGAAAAAGGAGUUAUACCAGAAUCUCAAAUUAAAAAUGAAUCUAUAUCUCCAAAUUUGACUCCUCUUAAGAAUGAGAGCAAAGAGGAUAUACUAAUAAAAGAUAUAAAGCCGAUAAAAAGCAAAAAGAAACCGAAAUCCAAGAACCCAUCAGAAAGUAUUUCACUUGAAUCACCAGAACCACUGGUUAUGACAAUUGAAGAGCCAUAUGAUACGCCUUCCACGUCGUUAUUAGAUCAUGACGUUGAAGACAGCAUAGGUCCUGAAAGAUUAGAUAGUGUCACAUUUGAGGAGCUUGGUGAUAUUACAGCAUUAGACACCCCUGAGGAUUCAGGCCUAAUUACAGAGGCAGAAGAUAAUUAUUCGGUCAUCACAACUGAAACAAGUGUCUUGUAUGAUAAUGAUUUAAAUAAAAGUAUAUCAAGAAAAAGAGUUGUAAAAAAAUAUGCAAAUGGAAAGGAAUCUACUGAAGUUAUUCUAGACUUUCCAAUUGAUGAUGUGCAAAUUGAAGAAAUAUCAGAUGAUAAUCAAAGCAACCUUCUUGCACCCAAAGAAGUAAAAACUAUCGACGUUGAGACUCUUUAUACAGAUAGUUUAGGCAAUCAAAAAAGAAAAAUAAAAACUAUCAAGAAAAUUAUAAUUGAUGGAAAAGAAGAAAUUUUAUCUGUUGGUGAACUUUCAGAAGAUAGUGCUUCAUUUAAUGAUUCGAAAAUCCCUGAUGACGAACAAAAACAUACACCAGAUGAACCCGACAAACACACAAGUCCAAGAUCAAAUAUGUCACAAAAUGUAAAACAUGUUCCACAAGGUAAUGUCGUUAAGGUAAGUGAGUGUGACAUGGAUGAAAUAAAAAAGCAUGAGUUGAAACAAGAUACUAUUAGCAUUAAUGAUAUGCCCAUAGAUCAUGCAAAACAUGACACACACACAGAAUGUUACUCACCAGCUUCAGAAUCCCCUAGUGACACAUUAAUGAUAACUGCACCAAGAGAUAAAAAGAAAACAAAGCCUUUAAAAAGACAAAUAGAAAGCACACCUGUGGAAAAACAUCCUAGUACACUUACAAGUGAAAACCAACCUGAAACUGACACCAGUCGUAAAAUCCCAACAGAAAACGUCCCAAACACAGAACAAAUUCAGACAGAUGGUACUCAUUUUAAUAAAGAGGGGUCUUUUCCAGGUCAUAGUGAAUCAACAAAAUCGACAAAACCAACAACUAUGGUAAAACCUUCAACAAUUGAUAUUCCUGUAGAAGAAGCAUCACCAAUAACAACUGACAAACCUGAUAAACAAGUUGUUGAGAUUAAAGAUGUGCCACAGACUGUAGCAGAAGCAGCUGUAACCAAACAGGAUGUUUAUGAGGUACCAAAACCAAUCACUAAGAAGAAGACAAUUCCUAAGAAAAAAGAAGCAGUAGGUGUUGCUCAAAAAGAAGAACAGCCAGUUGAUGAAAACACCGAAAAAUUGCAGGAAAGUAUCAUUGAACAACCAAAUCAUGUAGAUGAUACUAUUCCAGAAAAGAAAACAGAUAACAUCACGGCCAAAAUUCCUGAGAAGGUUAAACUCAAAAAAGAAAAAAUUGAAAUCAAAGAAAUCAAACCUCAAAAACUAAAGAUACAAGAGAAGGUAGAUGAUACUCCAUUGUUCGCAUCAGUUAAAUUAAAAAAAUCAUCGGUGAAAGAAAAGAAAGAGGUUAAACCAGCUACAAUAUUACCCAAAGUUUUACUAAAAAGCAGAAUCACUCGUAUACCUUUCCCUCCAGCAGUUCACAACAUACAGAUAACUGAAAUCAAUGCAGUUAUUGACAAUGGAAUAUUGUCGAGAAACUAUGAGGAAGCUAUGAAAGUUAAGAAGAAAAAGGUUAAAAAGGUAAAGCUACCUGAGUUAGAAAAAACAGAACUUGAAGAAUAUGUACCCUUUACUGAUGAGAAAGAGGACAUUACUCCAGACCAGCCAGUAAUAUCCAAACCCAUUAAAGAGAAACCUGAUAAGACUGAAGAUCAACCAGAUGUUGUUCAAUUGAAAAUAGGUAAAGGCAAAAUACCCCAAGAGGAAGAAGAAAAGUAUGAUGUGAAAUUGAAAAAAGUACCACCAAAAGAAGUUAAGGAAGAAGAUGUUUCGGUUGUGCUUCCUAAGAAAGAGGAGCCAAAAGAAGAAAAACCUAAACAGGAUAAAAAAGAAGUUAUUAUUGAAAAACCUGAUCUCAAACCUUUUGACUCAGACAUUCCAGCAGCCAUGGAUAUGGAUAAGCCUCAAUCAAUGGAAAAUAAACCUGAGGAGGUGAAACCUGAAACAAAAUUGAAAAAGAAAAAGAAGACAAUUGAGAAACCUAUUGAACAACCUGAAGAAAAGAAAUUAGUGUUAGGAAAACCAAAAGACAAAAUUCCAGAACCAGAAGAUCAAAUUUCGUUAGCAUACAAACAAAAAGAGUUGCCUAAACCUGAAGAUGAAGAAAUCAAACUUAAACCAUUUAAAAAGGAAAAGUCCCCAGAACCAAAGAUUGAUAGAAAAUUGGAUGCUCCAGAUGCGGCAUAUCCCAAGGAAGAAAAAACAAAUGAAGAAAUGGCACCAAAGGAUGUUGAGGUGGUAGACAAAGGUAAAAAGAAAAUCAAAAAGAGUAAGCCUGUGGAAAAACCUAGCAGUUUACCAAAAGAUGAAACUGAAGACCAAGUCGUUAUACUGAAGAAGAAACCAACCAAAGAUAAAGAGGAACAAGUAAAAGAUGACAUCAAUGAAGAAGUCACUAUCACUAAAGUGAAACCACCAAUUAAUGAUGAAAUUGAAGAAUCUAUUGUCAUUAAGAAAAAACCAAAACCUCUAAUUGUUGAUGAAGUAUCUGAGGAAAUCACAGUAACUAAACAAGUUGAAAUUCCAAGAGAAGAGGAAGAACAGGUAGAACAGGUAUUCAUGAAAAAGGUACAACCAGUUCAUGAAGAUAUUUCAGAAGAAAUAGUUAUAACUAAAAGGAAAACUAGUGUUGCACAACAAGAAGACAUAUCGGAAGAAGUGGUAAUUAAAAAGAAAAAGCCAAAAGAACCAUUUGUGGUACAAGAUAUAUCUGAUGAGUAUACAAUAACAAAAGAAGAACCUAAAGAAUCAGAAGAUGUAUCAGAAGAGAUUGUGAUUAAACCAAAGAGAAGAAGCAUUAUUCCACAGGUAUCCGAAGAAGAUAUUUCAGAAGAAUUCAUGAUUAAGCCCAAGAGACCUAGUAUCAUUCCACAAGUAACUGAAGAAGAUAUUUCAGAAGAGUUUGUCAUUAAACCAAAGAGACCUAGUAUCAUUCCACAAGUAACAGAAGAAGAUAUUUCAGAAGAAUUUGUAAUUAAACCCAAGAGACCAAGCAUAAUUCCUCAAGUGACUGAAGAUGUUGAGGAAAACCUUGUGAUGAAGAAGAAGAAGAAACCUAAAGCACCUACAUUCGAAGAAGCCGCAGAGGAGUUAACAAUUACUAAAGAGGCACCAGUGCCGGUUGAAAAGCCUCUUUUAGAAGAUACUGAAAGAAUGGUUGUAGUUUUGAAAAAAGCUGAAAAGCCUGAAGAGACUGAACAGGUUACUAUUGCACCUCGUAGACGAUCGUCUGUGCGUAAGCCAUCAAUCGAAGAACACCCAGAAGAAAAGUUUACUCUUAAACAAAGGAGACCUUCUUCAGAAAAUAUGGUUCCAGAGGAAGUUACGACGGAUGUCACUUUUAAACCUAAGGUGACAAAACCCAAAGAAGAAAUAGAGCAAGAGUUUAAAAUUUCUCUUCAAACAUAUGAAGAAGAGGACAUUUCAAUGUCUGGUAAGGUCAGACUUCCAAGAAAAAAGAAAAUGCUACCAACAUCUGAUGAAGCAAGUGCAGAAAUUACUAUUCGAAAGGAAGUGGAAGUAGAUCAGAAACAAGAUUUCAAUAUUCCUCUUCGCAGAAAAUCAUCUGUGUCUGCUUACAACGUAGAAGACAUCGAACAAGAAUUUCAAAUAGGUUUGCGCCAAAAGCAACACAGAGCCAGCAUUGUGUGUGAAGAAGAGACUCUUGACAUCAAGGUGAAGAGGAAACCCUCCAAACCAUCAAUUCCAGUGUUCAGUCAAGAAUCAGCAGGACUUACAAUCACGAAAGAAGAAGAAGUAACUGUAGAAAGAGGUGAGAAGAUUGUUGAGACCACGGAGGGAGACGUCCUCUUCUCCAUCUGUUCAUAUGUUGCGGAGAAUCCAGAAGCACUCAACCUAGUUGAGGGAGAGAGAGUAUAUGUUGUAGACAAUACCAGCCAAGAUUGGUGGUUCGUCACUAAACAUCUCACCCAAGAGAAGGGAUGGGUACCAGCUGUGUACCUCAGAGAUGAACCCAGCUACACACUUUACGUUCAAAAGAAACUUCACGAAAAGAUUGACAAACUACCUAUCUUUGAGAAGCCCAGUGGCGGAGAGGAAGUAUACGCUCCCAGGUUCGUAGAGAAGCUGCAGCCAAAGCAUGUGCCAGACGGAGCAACCGUGCAGUUUGAGUGCCAGGUUGAGGGAAGUCCUCGGCCACAGAUCACAUGGUUCAGACAGACAGCCAUCAUAAAACCAUCUCAGGACUUCCAGAUUUUCUACGAUGACGACAACGUGGCCACCCUCAUCAUCAGAGAGGUGUUCCCAGAGGACGCUGGGACGUUCACUUGUGUUGCUAAGAACGCAGCAGGCUUUGCAUCCAGUACGACAGAGCUCUCAGUGGAGGCUCCACUGUCAGAUCACGGCUCUGACAUCACGUCUGGCUUGUCUCGCAAGAGCUUGUCCAGGGAAUCGUCGCUGGCAGACAUCCUUGAAGGUAUUCCACCAACUUUCUCCCGCAAACCCAAAGCCAAGAUCGUGAAGGAGGGAUCCGACGUGGUUCUGGAGUGCCGGUUGGUCGCAGUGCCCGAACCAGAAGUUACGUGGUACUACCGCGGUGAGGUGGUCAAGUCCUCGGACACCGUUAGUGUUACAACUCAGAGUGACAUGCACAUGUACAGCACCAUGGUGUCUAUGAGCAAGGUGACCAAGGGACAGGAGGGAGUUUACAAGGUGGUGGCGAAGAACAGAGAAGGUCAAGCUACCCUGGACAUCAUACUGAAGGUAAAAACCGGAGAGCCAGAACCACCUCAGGUGGUCGAGCCGUUACAAGACGUGACGAUCAGUGAAGGAGAGAGCGCCAUAUUGGUGACUCAGAUCACUGGCAAACCAACGCCGAAGGUGGUUUGGAGUAGAGACGGCAAGCCAGACCCAAGUCUACCAGUUCAAGCCAAGGGCGAGACUUACUCCCUCACUCUCAUCAAGCCUUCGCCCUCAGACACCGCAAGAUACUCCGUCACAGCCACCAACAAACUAGGGUCGGCCUCCACGUCUUGCCAACUCACUGUGGAAGAUAGUAAACUAGUAAAAGUAGAAGGCGAUGAAUCUGCAACCGUGGCCCACUCCGGUGUCAGAGAGGGCAAACUACAAAAAACCUUUAGUUCACUUGAAACAUUAGAUCAUAAAUCAGUCCAUGAAAGCCUUCAAGUUCAGCAGAUCACAAAGAAUGAGACUAAAAGCACAAAACCAAUGUUCCAAAAACAAAUUUCCAAGGACGAUGUAAAUAUUGUUCAAAACUUGGAGAUGAUCGAAGUCAGCCUGAAAAGUCCUCAAGAUUCGGAACUGUCGAUAGAUGAAGCGUCCUCAGAGGUUACAAUUGAAAUUCCUCAACGUAUCAAUAUGCCUGACGUUGCAGCUAAACAUGAGAUACGCUUGAAAGAAUAUGAAGUAACUGAAAUAACUGAGAAUAUUAAAACUUUGGCUCAGAUUAAAGAGUUUUCCACUCAUACUGAGGAAACUUCAGCACUUAUCAGGCUUGAUGGUUCUUUGGAAGGCAUUGUAGAUGGAUCUGUAGCUGAAGAUUACAAAGCUGUUCCAGGACCACAAGCUCCAUUGUUUGUUGAAAGAUUUGAAGAGCAAAACGUCAAAGAAAAAGGAACAAUCCGUCUUGUCGCCAAAGUCACUGGAAACCCUGUGCCAAUGGUCACGUGGUUCAGAAACAACAAGACGUUGCUAGCGUCUCCAAAGCAGACUCAGUUAUUUGAUGGAGAGAACAUUGUGCUGGAGAUUAGAGAUGCUGACUCGGAGGAAGAUUCUGGAGAUUAUAAAUGUGUUGCCAGCAACAGUCUGGGAACAGCUACUCACGGCGCUAGGGUCACUGUAGAUGUUGAGAAAGUAUCGUUCACCAAACAGCUUGAAGAACGUGUGGAGAUGAAUGAGACGGAAACAGUGACUUUGGAGUGUGAGACUUCUCACACUGUGUCAACAAAAUGGCAGCACAAUGGAGUCGACCUGAGUGGCAUGGACCACCGCGAGCUAGUCCAGGAGGGCCGCAGCCAUCGUCUGAUAAUCAAGCGAGCUACCCUGCGAGACGCUGGAACAUACACUUGUAGUGUCAAGGGACAGAUCACCACAUGUGAGGUUACGGUUCAUGGAAUGAAACCAGACUUUGUCCGCAAAUUAGAAGACUUUGAAGUGAAAGAACAAGAAGUUGCCAUUCUUGAAGUAGAAGUGACAUCAGAAACUGCAGACGUAGUUUGGAAGAAGGACGGUCUUCCUGUUGAAUGUAUACCUGGGAAGCUAGAAGUGGAGAAGAAUGGUAAUGUCCGCAAAUUGCUGAUCCGUAGCACCUCAGUACAUGAUGAGGGAGAAUACACCUGCUCACUAGGAGAUCAGGAGUGUGCGGCGGAGGUUACUGUCAUCGAACUGCCGCCCCAGAUACACACCAACAUGCAGGACGUGACGGUGACCAAGGGUGAGAAGGCAAUCCUGGAGGUGGAGCUCACCAAGGGAGACGCCCUGGUCCGCUGGUUCAAGGAUGACAAGGAGUUGCACUUCUCAGAACACGUGCAGCUCUCUAUCGACGGCAAGAAGCAGAAGCUGAAGAUCUACCAGGCGGAGACUGCGGAUGCGGGGAUAUACUCGUGUCGCGUGGGUGACCAGCCCGACCAGGUGUCUACGGCCAGAGUCACCGUGGAAGAACCGUUGGUGGAGUUCAUCACCAGACUGCCUGACGUCACUACAGUACCACUCAACUCCGACGCAGUGUUCACAGUCGAGCUGUCACGCCCAGUUGAGGUUAAAUGGCUUAAGAAAGGAAAAGAAAUUAAACCAUCAAAUAGGUACAUCAUUGAGGCAGAUGGGGCGGUCCACAAGCUAACCAUUAAGAAGGUUACUACAGAGGACCAAACGGAGAUUGCAUGCACUGCCUUCAAUGUUAAAACAUCUUCAAAACUGAAAGUGGAAAAGAUCGAGAUUGCUCCCAGGAUCAAGGAGGCGCCCAAGGAAUACAAGGUAAAGAAGGGUGAAGAUGUCACGAUUGAGGUCAAGUUUACAGCCUCCCCUCCUCCCACUGAUGAGUGGACCGUCAACGGAACUCUCAUCAAGAAAAGCAAGAAGGUUGACUACACAAUAUCUGAAGAGUCAGCUUCUCUGACAAUCAAGAAAGUGGAGGAGGUGGAUGUCGGGUCUUACACACUUCGUCUCAAGAACACUAUUGGAGAAGCGUUUGCAGAAAUGACGCUGAUCAUUAUGCAGGUUCCCGGAGAGCCUGGUACUCCAGACAUCUUGGAGGUGACUGAUGACUCCGUUACACUCCACUGGAAGGCUCCGGAGCAGGACGGCAACUCCCCCAUCACCAGAUACAUCCUGGAGUUCCAUGACAAGGAGGAGUUCAUGGAGUGGCAUGAAGUACAAGAGACCAUCACAACCACCACCCACAAAGUUACCAACUUGACUCAUGAUGCUGAGAUCAUGUUUAGAGUCUCUGCUGAGAAUGAAGUGGGCCGAGGACCCAAGUCUCCCAGCACUAAGUACGUAAGGAUCACAACACCUGUAGCUGCAGAGCCCCCGGUGAUACAGGAACACCUCCAGGACACCACAGUAGGCCUGAACCAGAACAUCACUCUCCAGUGUGUAGUCGGAGGAACACCACUGCCGGAGAUCAAGUGGUAUCGCAACGGAAAGCCAAUACCAAAGUCCAAGAAGAUGACUUACGAGAACCGUGUGGCUACGUACAGUAUGGAGAAAGCCAGUGAGAACCAUGCUGGCACUUACGGCUGUAAAGCAUCCAACUCGGCUGGAACUGCUGAGACGACCUGCAAACUGCUGGUACAAGAUGUGCCCAAGCUGGAAGUGCCCGAGGCAGUCCAAGACCAGAGACUCACCUUGGCUACCCAGUGGAAGCCCGAAGUCACAUUCAGUGGCUUCCCCCGCCCAGACAUUACCUGGGAGAAGGACGGGGAAACUAUCAUCUCGGACAAGAGAGUUAAGAUAUUCAUUGAUGAGACAACCACCACCAUUGCCAUCUACAGUGUAGAGAGAGCAGAUACUGGCAGAUACACAGUGCGAGCCUCCAACAUAGCUGGAGAAGCUACGGCAGACCUUACUCUCAGAGUCGUAGAAAAGCCAGGCAGGCCAGAAGGUCCAGUCAAGUUUAGUAACAUCACCAGUGACUCCAUCACCGUGUCAUGGUUGCCUCCUCUAGACAAUGGAGGCUUGGAUCUUACAAAGUACUUGUUGGAGAAGUGUGAGGCGACCAAGCAGAUAUGGACUAGGGCAGCUGAGGUGGAUGGUAAAACGACCACUCACUCUCUACAAAAGCUUAUUGAGAACACAGAGUACAUGUUUAGAGUGUUUGCCAUCAACUCGAUUGGAUCAUCAGAGCCUCUAACUAGUGAGGCCGUCGUUGUCCGGACUUACUUCAACAAGCCCUCGCCGCCCCGGGGCCCGCUGGAGGCCACUGGCAUGACGGAGACGUCUUGUACGAUAUCAUGGCAGCCGCCCGAGGAUGACGGGGGCACCCCAGUAAUCGACUACACGGUCCAUCGCAAGGACACAUCCAAACGCACCUGGGAGUCACUAGGAACCACUACGGAACUUUCACUCAGUGUGUCAAAUCUGGUGCUUAACUCUGCCUACACAUUCAAGAUCGUGGCUCGUAACAAAGAGGGAGACAGCGAACCCUACAUCAGUGAGGACCCGAUUGUGGCCGGACGCAAAAUCAGAAUGAACGAGCUGACUGAGCAAGCUCUUUACGCUUUGCUUGGCAUAUACCCUCCAGUGAAACCCGGAACAUAUUCACCUCCAUCUGCUCCGCUUAAUUUCAAUGCCAUCGACAUCACCAGCAAGAGUGUUACCCUACAAUGGCAGCCUCCGGCCAGCACUGGCGGAACUGAGCUCACCGGAUACAUAAUUGAAAAGCAGUACGGCAACAGCAAGAAGUGGUCCAAGGUGGUGACUUUGGACCCUGGACAUCUGCAAUAUUGUGUUGAGAAUCUGAAGGAGAAGUCGGAGUUGUACUUCAGGAUCUACGCUGAGAACAUGAUUGGGCUCAGUACUGCGGCAGCAACCAGCGUCAUCAGCCUGCAGACUCAUGCCACUGUUCCCUCUCCACCAACAGAUCCAUUGGAGAUCCGCAGUUUGGGUCCGAACUCCAUCAUCGUAGAGUGGGGCGUGCCCGAGACAGAUGGAGGGGCGCCGCUGGAGGGGUACAAGAUUGCCAUCCGCGACGUCAAGAAGACCAUGUGGAUGGAAGUGGGUCAGGUGUCUGCGGAAGUGCAGAAACUCACCAUCAAAGACUUGCAAGAAAACCAUGAGUACUUGGUUAGAAUCUUUGCUCGCAAUGAAGUAGGCCUCAGUGAUCCUCUGGAAUCGGAUGAACCGUUCCUGGUCAAGAAGCCUACAGGUAUGGAGGAGGCCGAUGUGGAAGAGCGUAGUUUGUUGGAGAAGGACACACCGUCACUCAGUUUCAGUACAGAGAACACCUCCUCGUGGAUGCGAGAGGCAGGCAUGGAUGCCGACAUCCACUGCUACGCCAAGGGCUCGUUGCUCCGCCGCAGCGAGUACUUCUUCCGCAUCUGGUAUUACGCUAAGCAUUUGUUCAAGUAGAUCCAAAUGACGCUACCGAGACAGCAUUCCCUGAGCUGACUCGAUACCGACAUUACUACUUUAAGGACCAAGACUGAAUGUAUACAGAAUUUUUGAUAUUGUACAUUUCCCUUGUUUAUAUAUAUUGUUAAUUAUACGUGACCACGAAGAUGUCAUAGCCACGUAACUUGACGAGUCAUUAGCUUUAAGUAAUUUUUAACGAACCUGUGAUAAAACAUGUUUAGUCAUGUCAGUCACUAUAGACUAUGUUGUUGAAUUUAUCAUUUUUGAAUGUAACUUUGCUCUAGUGUGUUUUGUUUUGAACCAACAGGUUAUUUCGAUAACAGGGAGAAAAUAUAGGUGCAAUAAAAAAAUUGUUGUCGAUUUUAUCUGUUGAAAUGUUCGGAAAAUAAAGAUAUGUUAUGAUUUAA